UAUUAUGUUAACCAGAGCAUUUUUGAGCAAGAGAGCUAUUAACUUGGGUAGUAUCAAAACAUUACCAAAGAACAGUGCCAGAACUUUCGUGGUUAUGAAUAAGCAAGGAAUUCAGGCUGGCAUUAGAUCAGUUACUGCUGGCGCAAAGAUCGAUUUUGAAAACUCCAAGAGCUUGACUUCACUUCCAUUCAGAUUCUUCUCUGACCUUCCUCCUCAUGUUAAGCUUCAGAUGCCAAGUCUUUCACCAACCAUGGAGAAAGGAAACCUCGCUAAGUGGUGUAAGAAAGUCGGAGAUCAAGUAGAGCCAGGAGACAUCCUUGCUGAAGUUGAGACUGAUAAAGCCACUGUUGAUUUUGAAAUGCAAGAAGAUGGAUAUGUCGCAAAAUUAUUAGUAGAAGAAGGAGCUCAAGAUAUUGCUUUGGGAGAAUUAGUCGCUAUUUUGGUAGAGGAUGAAGAUGAUGUUGCAGCAUUUAAAGAUUAUAAGCCAGAGAGUACAUCAGAAGCUUCUCAAGCCCCAGUAAAGGAAGCUGCACCCUCAACUCCUGAGCCAGCUCAGUCAACUUCAUCACCUGCUGCUCCUACACAAGCUGCCACUCCAACUCCAGCUGUAACCCGUAAAGCAUCAGGAGAUCGUGUUAUUGCUAGUCCUUUUGCUAGAAAGCUAGCCAGCGAAGGAGGAAUUGAUCUCUCAACUAUUGCAGGAUCUGGUCCAGGAGGAAGAAUUGUUGCUGCUGAUUUAGAUGGAGCAUCAUCCGCUGCUCAGGCUUUUGUAUCCUCAGCACCAGCCUCAAUCGCUUACGAAGAUAUUCCAGUGUCUCAAGUAAGAAAAGUGAUUGCUAAGAGACUAUCUGAGAGUAAAGAAACAAUCCCACAUUACUAUGUCACCGUUGAUGCUGAAGCAGACAAAUUGUUAAAGCUAAGAUCCAUGCUGAACACUCAUUCUGAAUCAAAAAUCUCAGUUAACGACAUGAUUAUUAAGGCUACUUCUCUUGCCUCUAAAAAGGUCCCCCAGACUAACUCUUCUUGGCAAGGUGACUUCAUCAGACAGUAUAGUAACGUAGACGUGAGCGUUGCUGUCAGUACUCCAACUGGACUUAUCACUCCAAUUAUCAAAGAAGCCAACCUUAAAGGAUUGGAGACAAUCUCAGCAGAAAUGAAGGAUUUAGCAGCUAGAGCAAGAGAGAACAAGCUUAAAUUGGACGAAUUCCAAGGAGGAACCAUCUCAGUAUCUAACCUUGGAAUGUUUGGAGUCUCUCACUUCUCUGCAAUCAUCAACCCACCUCAAGCAUGCAUCUUGGCUAUUGGUGGAUCUCAACAACGUGUACUUCCAGGAGACGAAGAAGGCAAAUACAGAACUGCUAAUGUGAUUUCAUUCACAUUGAGCUCUGACCACAGAGUUGUAGACGGUGCUGAAGCAGCUAUUUGGGGACAACACUUCAAGAAAUAUAUCGAAAAUCCAGAGUUAAUGCUCUUGUAA